UGACAAUGACAGUUCUUCACAGAUUAACAGCAAACGACAUGACAGGCUUUUACAAUACAUCGCAUGAUUAUUAAACAUCGAUUACGAUUACGAGAAAUUAGGUACGUUAUCUAGUGUUUUUUUUAAGGAAGAUCUUCAUUCGAAGGUUCGAAUUUAAAAGCUAUCUAUCUAAAAAAACAAAAUUCUCUCAAGCCAUGACGCCCGAGCCAUACAUUGUUGAAUUAGAUCCCGACACAAAAACAACCUUAAAGAUUUAUUUAUUUGAAAACGUACGGAAUGUAGAAGCCAUAAGAAAUAAUAUCAUACAGGGAGUUUGGAAAUGUGCAGCUAUUAAGCCAGAAUUAAUUGUUGAGCCAUUCCAAGUAGCAGUAGCAGCAAACAAAGCCGUUUUAUCUGAGAAACAAAAUACAAUGGUUACAAGAACAGUUUUCUCCGAGAUAUUGUAUAAUUUAUCAAUUACAAAAAACAUCACACAAAGUUUGAGCCGAUUUGGUAUAGAAAAGGACACCAAUUUGUUAUUAUGCUUUUUGAUUACUGAAGAUGUAGAUACAAGCACAGAGAUUUUAUCACAAAUUGAAGGUGAAUUUACUCCUAUAAGUGAUUUAAAAAGGUUUACUUCAAUGAAGAAUCUAAAUAACCAGUAUAGAUUGAACACUUUGGAGAAAAAUCAAGAAUUAACUGACAUUAUUGUCAGCAGAAUGGUAACAAAAAGUUUUGUAACACAUUAAAUGGGCUCAAAUAA